UCCGCUCUGCCGCCGCCCCUGCGCAGGCUCGCAAGGAGUCCCACGGGCCGUCCUACUGCGGCCGCCGCCACCUCUCUGCCAGGCGAAAGGAGAGGGCGGGUUGGGAAAGGUCCUCCUGGAAUUCUCUGGCGACGGCUGCCGUUUCCACGCAGGAAAGAAGGCUACUGGCAGGUGGGAGCAGGCAUGGUGGAUGACCCGGCAGCAGUGCGGCACGGAGCAGCCCUUGAGGUGCAGGGCAACGGCAGGACACGAGAUACCUCAGAACUGAAUUCUUCUUAAUGAAGUGAUCGUACAGGAUGAAAGAAAAAUGAUCGUCUGUUUUUCUAAUACUCGAUUUUGCUCUUUGUAGCAAGAGAGUUUACUGUGAAAAGUGAAAGAAGGAUCUUUCUGGACACUUUAAAGACAGCUGGUAGGCACAGCAAAAUGCUUUGUUUGAGGCAGGUGUGCUUGUUUAGACUGAGACAUUACCAAGCUCGGACUAUGAGUAGCGAUCUGCUUUUGAGACAGAUAAAUAGCUGCACCCAUGAAGAUGAAGUGUUCAGCAUCAUUGGAAAGAACAAGGUCAGGCUUUCUGAAAAACAUGUGGGAAUAGCAUUGAACAUGCUGUGGCAAUUGCAAAAGAAGAGGCCGCUUCUUUCAAGGACUAGUGAUUAUGUAAGAAAUCACUCCCAGUUUCUUACCCUUUGCAUUUUAGCAGAAAACAAGGUGAAACACAUGGAAGAUGAGGCCAUAGUAGACACCCUGUAUAGUAUUUUGAGGCUCAAUGUUGAAGGCCAUGAUUCUCUAGUGGAAGUGCUUGUUACAGAAGCAUGGAAAAGAUUAGACAGGCUUAGCUUGCCAGCUCUGUCUAAAUUCUCAUUGUGUUUACACAAGCAACACAGGCAUUCAAGUCCUGUAAUUGGCAAAGUAGCUCAUAUUGUAGACAUGAAACUGGAGGCUAUACAGGAUAUAAGGAUCUUAUCAGUUUUGAUGAUCAGCAUAUCUGAUGUUAUCUCGCAGAGUUUUCGAGAUCGAUUACUACACAAGGCUGAACAGCUCUUGCAAGAAAAGGAUGAAGCCCACUUCAACUAUGCCAAAAGAAUACUACAGUUUCUUCAAAAUUUUAAACUGAGACACCAUCCAUUGCUAGAAAAAUGCAACAGGAUUUUCCUUAAAAGUCCCUCUUGUCUUGAUCUACACAAUAUUAAUCUUAUUUUUGGACUGUAUGAGCAGCUGGGUUUUGACAGCGCUGAAUUCCGCUUGGUUGCUAAACGACUGCUGUUUGAAACUAUAGAUGAUUAUUAUGAUCCUGAAUCCUUUGUAAAAUUGUUCUGUACUAUUGGUCCUAUGGCAGGAUCCAAGGUAAGAGAAAGGUUGCUACUAACUGCGGUGCACAUGGCAGAAGAAUUUAGCAGUCAGCAAGUAUUGCUAAUACUGAGGACGAUGCAGAAAAUGAAAUGCAGAAAUUCUCAUCUACUCAAAAAAAUCGCUUCUGUUCUGCACAAACACUUGGACAGCUAUCAUGUAUUGCAGUUGGUAAAGUUAACACAGUACCUGGUGGUGUUGCAUUGCCACAAUCUGGAACUGUUUGCCAGACUUAAAAUGUUACUACUUGGCUUUUUAAAAUCUAGUGUCACACCUGCUGAUACCGCUGCAAUAAUUCGUGUUUUGGCCAUGCUUCCUUCCUGUCAAGUGGAGAAAGUUGUUAUAAACAAAGCAGCAGCAGUUUUACCUCAAUGCAGGCUCCAUCAUUUGAAUUGCAUUGCUACAGCUCUUGUCAAAUGGAAUCAUUACGACCAGUUGCACUGGCAAAACAGUUCUGAGCUAUGCGUAAAGCUUCUGCAAAAACUAAAUGACUCUGGAUUUCAGAGGCUUCGGAAAGCCAACAACUUAAAUCUUCUGUUGGAAGAAGUUACACAAGUGAAUGGAGAGUGGUUUGACGAAGUUCUCAGUGAGGAAACUAUGGCCAUCUGUCAACGCUUGAUAGACCAGAUAACAUGGGCAAAUGUAUUGCAGUUGUCUCAUUUUCUCAUGAAAACAAACCACCGUUGUCCUUCGCUACUUGACAGAAUAGCUUCUGUGACUGUUCAAAAUAUAGACAAGAUUCAUCCCUUUGAAAUCUAUUUUAUUCUCUUCCUUUUCUCUGCUCUGAAUUAUGACCCUCCUGCCAGUGAACAGUUCUUUGAGAGUUGUAUCCAGUAUCUUACUUCUAACUUGAGUUGUUUUGAAACUCACCACUUGGUGCUGCUUGGUCAUGUUUUGGCAGUGGCUGGGUAUUUUCCUCCAGUUCUGAUAACAAGGAUAUUUAACAUUUCUUUCCUAAGCAAACUGGAUGCUGAACUUGAAGUUCUGCCUGAUACCAUAAAGCAGAGGGUCCGCCUACGCCUCAUGAAAUUGAACAGAGCAGUCUGUCUGGAAUGCCCAGAGUUUCACAUCCCUUGGUUUCACGAGCACUACUGCCAACAGGUCUUUCAUAACAGCAGUAGCCGAAUGAAUCCACUGCGACAACAUGUUUACAGAAUACUGACAGAGAUCUUGGGAGGGAGCCGUUACGCAAGAAUAUCUGUUCUCACACCAUACUACUAUAAAAUAGAUUUUGAGUGUAUUCUGGAUGAAAAUAAAAAGCCUCUUUCCUAUACGGCUCUGAAUGUACCUUUUGAUGAUGUGGAGCGAAUAUGCUUUGGGCAUGACAUCAAGGAUGACUGGAGAAAGGUUCUGCCACCAGGAGCUCAAAGAAUUGCUUUGGAAUUUCUUGAUUCUAAAGCUUUUAGCAAAGAUUCACAUCACCUGAAAGGAGAACCUGCAGUGAAAAAACGACACUUGGAAAUGCUGGGAUACCGUGUAAUUCAGAUUCCUCACUUUGAAUGGAAUUCUAUGGUUCUAUCAACAAAAGGUGAACAGCUAGAAUAUGUGAGAAAUCAUCUCUAUGGAAAACAGUGAUCUCAGAUGUGGAGUCAAAAGUAUGUUUUAUACAAACAAUUUAUGGUUUUAAACUUCUUGUAAUACUGGAAUUCUUUGUGUGAAUCAUCUGGAUCAAGGCUUGCUAUGGGGCAUCAAGUGUCAAGAAAUUUAAUCUUCAAUUUGUUAUCUAUUGCAAAAGGCAGGUCACAAUGGGCCAUGGGGAUCUGAAUCAGAUGCUUAAAAUCUCCCACUAUGUGGAAGCUGUUCUUUAAGUACACGUGUCUUUUGUAGCUUUGCCAUAGAAUUACAUUAUUAUCUCCUAAAUAAAUAGCACAAGAGAUUUAACCAGACAUAAAACUUACCAAAGAUAAAUUUGGUAUUACUCUCGACUGAGAGAGA